GACGAUCGCUUCACUGGGGCAGUCUCCGCAUAUCAUGGGGAGAUAGACGCUGCUGCCUGUGAGUCUUGGGCCCUGGCAGUCGAGGAAGAAGAGCGGGAGGAGGGAGUCAGGACCCAGACCCACAGCGGGUAGCUUUUGAAAAUGGCUGCCUCUCAUUUCACCGGGCUCACAGCCGUUGCUGAUGUAAUUAAAGAUCUAGACACUCAGAUAGCUUUGAUUGGCCUUGGUCCUCACAGCUCCAAAAAGAAGCAGGAUCUGGAUAAGCUCUAUGAUCUGAAGUCCAAAGCUCGGCACAUUAUGAACCAGUUUGGCCCCUCAGCCCUAAUUAACCUCUCCAAUUUCUCAUCCAUAAAACCGGAACCAGCCAGCACCCCUCCACAAGCCUCCAUGGCCAAUAGCACUACAGUGGUAAAGAUACCAGGCACUCCUGGGACAGGGGGGCGUCUCAGCCCUGAAAACAAUCAGGUAUUGACCAAGAAGAAAUUACAAGAUUUAGUAAGAGAAGUGGAUCCUAAUGAGCAAUUGGAUGAAGAUGUGGAGGAGAUGCUGCUGCAGAUUGCUGAUGAUUUUAUCGAGAGUGUGGUGACAGCAGCCUGCCAGCUUGCUCGGCAUCGCAAGUCCAGCACUCUGGAGGUGAAAGAUGUCCAGCUGCAUCUAGAGCGCCAGUGGAACAUGUGGAUCCCAGGAUUCGGCUCUGAAGAAAUCCGACCCUACAAAAAAGCUUGCACCACAGAAGCUCACAAACAGAGAAUGGCAUUGAUCCGGAAAACAACCAAGAAAUAACACACGGACAGGUCAGGGAAUGGACAACAAUGUACUUGGAGAUACUUGAGCUGAGACCUCAGCCAUCUCAUCCUUGGAUUUUUUUUUUAAUGCUUUACAGAGAAGCAUAUAUUUUUUAUUAACAGUGCAGCAAUAUCUAUAAUGACUGAGAGGAUCUGCCAAAAGAAUAAAGCCUCCUGCCCCAACUUCCGGUCCCUUUUCCCUGCCGUCUCAAAGAGGAGCGAUGUAUCUUCCAGAGAAGAUUUUAUUUGUGGUUAAUUAUAUAAGUGAUUGAAUAUGGGACAAAGCAUUAUGGUCUUGUUCGGUGAGACAGUAUUAGCAGGAUUUGUAGAGGUUUUUGUUUCCUUCUCCCUUCCCCUUUUCCCUGUACUUUGUAAUGUCAGUGUUUAUAUGAAUAUGACUUUGGUUUGCUUUUCCAGAAUAAAGAAGUUAUUAAUCGAAA